AUGCCUGUCCCAGACCAGCCUUCGUCAGCCUCGGAGAAGACCAGCUCCUUGAGCCCUGGCCUCACCACCUCCAAUGGGGAUGGCUCGGAAACAGAAACCACCUCUGCCAUCCUUGCCUCGGUUAAAGAACAGGAAUUACAGUUUGAAAGGCUGACCCGAGAACUGGAGGCAGAACGCCAGAUCGUCGCCAGCCAACUGGAGCGAUGCAAGCUUGGAUCGGAGACGGGCAGCAUGAGCAGCGUCAGUUCAGCAGAAGAGCAGUUUCACUGGCAAUCACAAGAUGGUCAAAAGGAUAUCGAAGAUGAGCUCACAACAGGUCUCGAACUGGUGGACUCCUGUAUUAGAUCACUGCAGGAAUCAGGAAUACUUGACCCACAAGACUAUUCAACAGGUGAAAGGCCCAGCCUGCUGUCCCAGAGUGCACUUCAGCUCAAUUCCAAACCUGAAGGGUCCUUCCAGUAUCCAGCCAGCUACCAUAGCAACCAGACCCUGGCUCUGGGUGAGACAGCCCCGUCGCAGCUCCCCGCCCGCAGCACACAAGCCCGAGGUGCGGGCCAGAGUUUCAGCCAGGGCACCACGAGCCGCGCGGGGCACCUGGCGGGGCCGGAGCCCGCGCCGCCGCCGCCGCCGCCGCCGCGGGAGCCGUUCGCGCCCAGCCUGGGCAGCGCCUUCCACCUGCCCGACGCGCAGCCCGCCGCCGCCGCCGCCGCGCUCUACUACUCGAGCUCCACGCUGCCCGCGCCCCCGCGCGGGGGCUCCCCGCUGGCCGCGCCCCAGGGCGGCUCGCCCACCAAGCUGCAGCGCGGAGGCUCGGCCCCCGAGGGCGCCGCCUACGCCGCGCCGGCGCGCGGCUCCUCGCCCAAGCAGUCGCCCAGCCGCCUGGCCAAGUCCUACAGCACCAGCUCGCCCAUCAACAUCGUCGUGUCCUCGGCCGGCCUGUCCCCGAUCCGCGUGACCUCGCCCCCCACCGUGCAGUCCGCCAUCUCCUCCUCGCCCAUCCACCAGCUGAGCUCCACCAUCGGCACGUACGCCACCCUGUCGCCCACCAAGCGCCUGGUCCACGCGUCCGAGCCGUACGGCAAGCACUCGCAGGAGCUGUAUGCCACGGCCACCCUCCAGAGGCCGGGCAGCCUGGCAGCUGGGUCCCGGGCCUCGUAUAGCAGCCAGCACGGCCACCUGGGUCCUGAGCUGCGGGCCCUGCAGUCCCCGGAGCACCACAUCGACCCCAUCUAUGAAGACCGCGUCUAUCAGAAGCCCCCCAUGAGGAGUCUCAGCCAGAGCCAGGGGGACCCUCUGCCGCCAGCACACACGGGCACGUACCGCACAAGCACAGCCCCGUCCUCCCCCGGUGUCGACUCCGUCCCCUUGCAGCGCACAGGCAGCCAGCACGGCCCGCAGAGCGCCGCCGCAGCCACCUUCCAGAGGGCCAGCUAUGCCGCCGGCCCGGCCUCCAGCUACGCGGAUCCCUACCGACAGCUGCAGUACUGUCCUUCCGUCGAGUCUCCUUACAGCAAAUCCGGCCCUGCCCUUCCCCCGGAAGGCACCUUGGCCAGGUCCCCAUCCAUCGACAGCAUUCAGAAAGAUCCCAGAGAAUUUGGAUGGAGAGACCCGGAGCUACCUGAAGUGAUACAGAUGUUGCAACAUCAGUUUCCUUCAGUCCAGUCUAAUGCUGCAGCCUAUUUACAGCACCUCUGUUUUGGAGACAACAAAAUUAAAGCCGAGAUAAGGAGACAAGGGGGCAUCCAGCUCCUGGUGGACUUGUUGGACCAUCGGAUGACUGAAGUCCACCGUAGUGCCUGUGGCGCCUUGAGAAACCUGGUGUACGGGAAGGCCAAUGAUGACAACAAAAUCGCCCUGAAGAACUGUGGUGGGAUUCCAGCCCUGGUGAGGCUGCUCCGCAAGACUACCGACUUGGAGAUCCGGGAGCUGGUCACAGGAGUUCUUUGGAAUCUCUCAUCUUGCGAUGCACUCAAAAUGCCAAUCAUCCAGGACACCCUGGCAGUGUUGACCAACGCGGUGAUUAUCCCCCACUCAGGCUGGGAAAACUCACCUCUUCAGGACGAUCGGAAGAUACAGCUGCAUUCCUCACAAGUGCUGCGAAACGCCACUGGAUGCCUAAGGAAUGUUAGUUCAGCCGGAGAGGAGGCCCGCAGGAGAAUGCGGGAAUGUGACGGGCUCACGGACGCGCUGCUCUAUGUGAUUCAGUCUGCGCUGGGAAGCAGCGAGAUCGAUAGCAAGACCGUUGAAAACUGUGUGUGCAUUUUAAGGAAUCUUUCGUACCGGCUGGCAGCAGAAACGUCUCAGGGACAGCACAUGGGCACCGAUGAGCUGGACGGGCUGCUCUGCGGUGAGGCCAAUGGCAAAGAUGCGGAGAGUUCCGGGUGCUGGGGAAAGAAGAAGAAGAAAAAGAAAUCCCAAGAUCAGUGGGAUGGAGUAGGACCUCUUCCAGACUGUGCAGAACCACCAAAAGGGAUCCAGAUGCUGUGGCACCCAUCCAUAGUCAAACCCUACCUCACACUGCUGUCUGAGUGCUCAAAUGCAGACACGCUGGAAGGGGCAGCGGGCGCCCUGCAGAACCUGGCUGCAGGGAGCUGGAAGUGGUCGGUAUAUAUCCGAGCUGCUGUCCGGAAAGAGAAAGGCCUGCCCAUCCUCGUGGAGCUGCUGCGGAUCGACAAUGACCGUGUGGUGUGCGCAGUGGCCACCGCGCUCCGGAACAUGGCCUUGGACGUCAGGAAUAAGGAGCUCAUUGGCAAAUACGCCAUGCGAGACCUGGUCCACCGGCUUCCCGGCGGGAACAACAGCAACAGCGCAGCGAGCAAGGCCAUGUCGGAUGACACGGUGACGGCCGUGUGCUGCACCCUCCACGAGGUGAUCACCAAGAACAUGGAGAACGCCAAGGCCUUACGGGAUGCCGGGGGCAUCGAGAAGUUGGUCGGCAUCUCCAAAAGCAAAGGAGACAAACACUCUCCAAAGGUGGUCAAGGCAGCAUCUCAGGUCCUCAACAGCAUGUGGCAGUACCGAGACCUGAGGAGUCUCUACAAAAAGGACGGAUGGUCACAGUAUCACUUCGUAGCCUCAUCUUCAACCAUCGAGAGGGAUCGGCAAAGACCCUACUCCUCAUCCCGCACGCCCUCCAUCUCCCCCGUGCGCGUGUCCCCCAACAACCGCUCAGCAAGUGCCCCAGCAUCACCUCGGGAAAUGAUCAGCCUCAAAGAAAGGAAAACAGACUAUGAGUCCACCGGCAGCAACGCCACUUACCACGGAACUAAAGGGGAACACACUUCCAGGAAAGACACCAUGACAGCUCAAACUACUGGAAUUUCGACUUUGUAUAGGAAUUCAUAUGGUGCGCCCGCUGAAGACAUCAAACAUAACCAGGUUUCAGCACAGCCAGCCCCACAGGAGCCCAGCAGAAAAGAUUACGAGACCUACCAGCCGUUUCCGAAUUCCACGAGAAACUACGACGAGUCCUUCUUCGAGGACCAGGUCCACCACCGCCCUCCCGCCAGCGAGUACACCAUGCACCUGGGGCUGAAGUCCACCGGCAACUACGUCGAUUUCUACUCGGCCGCCCGACCCUACAGCGAACUGAACUAUGAAACGAGCCACUACCCGGCCUCCCCCGACUCCUGGGUGUGA